AUGGAGAAAGCAGGGUUCGAGACUCGUUUGCGUUCACUGUUGGUGGACUACUUGUCCUCCACAAACACACGGAAAAUGACGCCUGUGAGAAAACACAUCCUGCAGAUUUUAAUUUUUCUGAACGGAAAAGAGAACAUCGGUCAGCUUGGUGGAUUUUCUUAUUCCAAGAAUAAAGAAGUUGCUGAUCAACAAAGGAAGUACAUCCUGUUUGCGUUUCUCUUCAUGGAGGCAUUGAAAAAAAACACAGUGACAGAGACGGACUUGACCACCCUCCAGAGGAUGUGGGGGCAGCACCUCCUGUCCCUGGUCAACAAUGGAAUGGAAAAGGCCGCUGAGAGAUACGAGAGGAUUCUCCACGACAGCGAGAAGACAAUAUUCAACAUCAAACGAUUUCAGCGAAUUCUCCAGAAAGUUAGAAGUAACGACACCGGAACAAGGACCGGGACACAGACAAAUCCUGAUCACGUGACACCAGUAGUAGUCACCCCCUUCUCGUUAAGGAGACCAAGGAUGUACGAGAGAAUCGCGAUGGUGCUGAGGAAUGUGUUUGGGUCAGGCGAUCCGAAGGAUUUCUUCAUGUUGAAGUUUUCGGACGGCCAAUGAAGACCAAGACUUUGUGUGGCGUUUUAGUCACUGCAUAGAAUACCAGGUUGUGGCGUUUUAGUCUCUGUGGCUUCAGGGCACUGUUAAUUGUGGCGUUUUAGUCACCAGACUAUAGAAACUUUGGUGGCGUUUU